AAGAUGGCACCACUCCUCCACCUCGUCCUGGCCGCCUCGCUCGUGGCGCUGGCGUCGAGCAAGGCUCUCCCGGUGCUCGUUCCGGUGACCAAGGACAACGCCACCUCCCUCUACACCAUCCCCUUCUCCUACGGCAACAAGCUCGUCAUCGACAUCGGCGGCCCGCUCGUCUGGUCCGCGUGCCAGAGCGGCCACCUGCCGGCGCCGUUCCCGUGCGACAGCGACGACUGCCGCCGCGCCAACGCGUACCCCAUCCCGGGCUGCAGCAAGCCCGGCUGCGGCAACGGCGCGCGCAAGGACAAGACGUGCACGGUGUACCCGUACAACCCCGUCACGGGCGCGUGCUCGAACGGGAGCCUGGUGCACACGCGCUUCGUCGCCAACGCCACCGACGGGAUCAACCCGGUGAGCCAGGUCUCCGUGAACGCCGUGUCGGCGUGCGCGACGAUUAAGCUGCUCGCGGCGCUGCCGCGGGGCGCCACGGGCGUGGCCGGACUCGCGGGCUCCGAGGCGCUGCCGGCGCAGGUGGCGUCGUCGCAGAAGGUCGCCAAGAAGUUCCUCCUCUGCCUCCCCCGCGGCGGCGUCUACGGCGACGGCGUGGCCAUCUUCGGCGACGGCCCGCUCCAGCUCACCGCGCAACCGGGGACCGACUACACGCAGUCGCUGGAGUACACGCCGCUGCUCACCAGGAAGGACAACCCCGCGUACUACGUCUCCGUCAAGUCCAUCCAGGUGGAGGACACCCCCGUGCGCUUCCCGCCGCACGCGCUCGACACCGGCGGCGUGGUGCUCUGCACGAGGGUGCCCUACACCUUGCUCCGCACCGACGUCUACCGCCCGUUCGUCGCCGCGUUCGGCAAGGCCAUGAAGGCGCAGAACGCCACCUCGGUGAAGGCCGUGGCGCCGUUCGGCCUGUGCUACGACGCCAUGAAGCUGGCCAACACGCGGCUCGGCUACCUGGUGCCGGGCGUCCAUCUGGCGCUCGACGGCGGGAAGAUAUGGAGGAUGACGGGCGUCCACUCGAUGGUGGACGUGAACCGGGAUACGGCGUGCCUAGCGUUCGUGGAGAUGAAGGGGGUCAAGGCCGGGGACAGCAAGGCGCCGGCGGUGAUCGUCGGAGGGUUCCAGAUGGAGAACUUCGUGCUGCAGUUCGACCUGGAGAAGAAGCAGCUCGGCUUCUUCAAGCUGCCCUUCUUCACCAACUGCGGCCAGUUCAACUUCACUCGGAGCGCCUAG